GACAGGGGGAGGCGAAGGGGAGAGUCACCUGAGUGCGUCACCUGUGCGUGAAACGAACACCUGUUGCACGGUGGGUUUUUAAAAGACGCACAAGAAGAGGAAGGAAACGCUCGUUUUUUAUAACCGGACCCCCGACGAGCUUUUUUUUGUUUUAAGGGAACAAGACGCUCUUUCUGGUCAGUUUCAAAGUGUCGCUCCGGCUGGACUGAAGGGAUCAUGCGGAGGAUUUUGUUUUGAAGGGACGCCCAGCAGCGAGCCGCAGACAGAACAGGCUGCAGGUUGUGUGAGUGACAGAUAUGGGGUCAGGAAGAUCAUACUGGCAGACUUUCGCGGCAGUUGUAGUCAUUUGCCACUUUUUAACCACUGAAGGUGCAGAGUCAGAGGUCCGUGGAAAGGUCGGGGACUCGGUGGAGCUGGAGUGCCGUUUCCCUCCAUCAGGGCCGCAGUCUGGGUCGUCGUCGUCUCCACAUGUGGUGGAAUGGGUGCGGCAAGAGCUUGACAUUCCUGUCCUGAUUCAGUUUGGAUCCCACACACCUCACGUCCAUCCACUUUUUGAAGGGCGGGCAUCUCUGGCGAGCGCCAGCGCCCUGAGGUUGGAGCGCCUGCAGCUGGCUGACCAGGGCUUGUAUGACUGUCGAAUACUCCUGCUGGACAAACCCGCAGAUGAAGUGCAGAGCAGCAACUGGACUCUGCUUUCUGUGACUGCCCCGCCCACCUUUACUAAAGCCCCGCCCCCUGCUGUCCAGGCCCUGGUGGGAAGCCGCUUGACUCUUGAAUGCGUUGCUGAUGGCAACCCUACCCCAACCAUCACCUGGCUCAAAGAUGGCAGCGUCAUCCCCAGCACAAACUAUCAGGGAGGAGCCUUAUCUCUGGCGGCGGUGACCACACAAUCAGCGGGACUGUACGCCUGCCACGCCUCCAACUCCGAGGGAAACGUGAGCCGCGUGACAAAAGUGAAGAUCAAAGGUCCACCUGUCAUCAUUGUGCCUCCGGAAAACACAACCCUCAACAUGUCCCAGAAUGCACUGCUCCAGUGCCAGGCAGUGGCCGACCCUCCUAACAUGACCUACGUGUGGCAGAAAGGCAGCGAAAACGUUCAUCAUAUAGAGUCCCUGAAGUCCCGUGUGCGGAUCCAGGUGGAUGGAACUCUGCACAUCUCCCGUUUAGUCCCAGAAGACUCUGGGAACUACACCUGCGUUCCAACUAACGGGCUGCUGACCCCGCCGACUGCCUCCGCCGUCCUCACUGUGAUGCACCCAGCCAAGGCUCUCCCAGUGCCCCAGGAAACAUACCUUCCCACAGGUAUGGGUGGCGUGAUCCCCUGCCCAGCGGCGGCUCAGCCUCCACUGCUCCGUGUGGAUUGGAUCAAAGAUGGAGAGACUCUGGAUCUGUCUCUGUAUCCUGGAUGGACUUUAAAAGCUGACGGCUCUUUGGUCAUGGCGACUGUCAACGAAGAUGCUGCAGGCACCUACACCUGUACUCCAUACAACAGCUACGGUACCAUGGGGUCGUCUGGGCCCACCAGAGUGAUUCUACAGGACCCCCCAUCAUUCAGCAUCACUCCGGAGAAGGCAUACAGACUGGACGCUGGGAGGAAGCUGCUAAUCCCCUGUCAAGGAAAUGCAGACGCAACAACUAAAGUGACUUGGAGCAAGGUUGACCCAGUUCGUCUUAUUUCUUACUCCAUCGAACCCAAUGGCUCUUUGCUGCUGCAGCCCCUGAUUAAGGACCACCAGGGGGAGUGGGAGUGCACCGUCUCCAACCGUGUAUCCUCCAUUAAUACCUGCACACAAGUCUUUGUCCUGGGAACCAGUCCCCAUGCGGCUUCUUCGUUGUCCGUCUCUCCAGAGGUGAAGCAGGCCAACUUAUCCUGGGAGGCAGGCUUUGAUGGAGGAUCAGCGCAGACAUUUUCAGUUUGGGUGAAGAAGAUUUCUGCUAGCGACAAUGACGGGAAGCAGGACUGGUUCUCCUUGCCUGUUCCCUCCUCCUCUGGCACCAGCCUGCAGGUGUCGGGCCUGUCUCCUGCAACCAACUACCAGUUCAGCAUCCUGUCUCAGAAUAAAUAUGGAACAGGACCCUUCAGUGAGAUUGCCACUGCACGGACUUUGGAUCCUCCUGUGACGAGUACUAAACCAAAGCCCCCCGCGUCGCUGUCAGCUAAUCAGAGCUCAGCAGGUGUUAUUCUGCAGUGGUCCCUUCCUGAAGCUCAGCAGCCUCCCAUCACAGGCUUUGUCCUCCAAUCCCGCUCCGCAGAAGAGGAGUGGUUCAAUCUGAAGGAAAACAUCAAUGCCAGCAGCAGCCAAAUACUGGUUGUGGGACUACAGAAGGAUCAUGUGUAUGAGCUGCGGAUGCUUUCCCGUCGGGGGGAGCUGCUGAGCGAGCCCAGUCCGUCAGUCAACGUCUCCAUCACAGGUACUGAGAGCUACCCAGCUACGUCACGACUCCUGGAGUUUGUUCCGGAGCCGUUGCUGGCCGGUGUGUUGGGUGGGAUAGGCUUCAUGUUACUGGCAUUGAUUUUGUUGCUCGGUGCUGCUUGUGUCGUCAGCCGCAGGAGGGACCGGCGACGCAAAAAGAAAGAUAAUGAGGCCCUUCCUGCCAUCUAUAAGUGUUCCCCAUCAAUUAAGACUUCAGGCUCCAGUAGUCCAGACAGUCUGCUGAAGAAAAGCCUCCUCCCAGCCAGCUCCCUGUACCCCACAAUGUCCUCCACCACAUCCUCACAGACGGACUGCUCCUCCUUGAUCACGGAGAAUAAUAACAGACGCAGGAAUCUAGAGUCAAUCUACAGCAGAAGCCGGCUUUCUAAGACAACUUCUUUAAUGUCCCCCUCCAUUGAGUUGAUCUCUAGAGGUCCAGAUGGCCGGUUCACACUUAGUGACUUUGACACAAUGAGCGUUGAUAGCAAAAAGAUUCCCAGAGUCAGAAGAUCUGUGUCACUUCACUUGGAAAAAGAGGACAAGAAGGAUCUGCCAUAUGUGCUCUCUGUUGAUGUCCCUCCUUUUAAACCUGAGGAGGAUUCAAGUCAAAUGUGCAGUAUGGUCCAACUCCGGCCACACCAGGAAAGCAUUGGUUCUCCUGAUCAGAGCAGCCUGUUCUCCGAUUGCAGUCUUGGCACCAUGCCUCGUCUUAAUAGAGGAUUACCUUCAGUAUUUCCUGUGCUCCCACAUCUCCGAGCCAGCCUCGGGCAGCCAUCAACAACGGCAAGCACUCUGGUUCUCCAAAUGGAGCAUGAACGCGAGAAGGGGAACCUUAGUCGGUGUCUGAGGCUGGCUCAGGAGAGAAAGGAACUGGAAAGGGAGCUUCAGUGGUGUACGCUAGAGAGAAACUCCAUGAAAAUUAAGACAGGGCAAACGGAAACAAGCAAUGUGGAAGAAACUGAUGGGAAGUUUAUGUUUAGGGAAUACACAAGCAAGACCCUCCCAAACAAUUAUCGUCAGGGUGGUAAGGAGAAAACGAGUAACCUUACAUCUUCCUUAGCCAACUGGGAAACCCAUUCUUUCAAUUCCAGGUCAAGUUUCAAUCCAUUCACAGAGCAUAUGAAUACAUUGUCACCUUUGAGUCCCUCUUUAUCUCCUUAUUCUCCUGAAUCAUUUGCUAAACACACCUUGCUACAACCCAAUGGGGCCAGGCAUUCUUUAGUUGACAAAUCAACUCUCCUUCAACAGAGAUGUAAAGGAGUAGAGGCAGCACCAGGCUUCGAUAAUCUAAGACGCUUCACAUAUUUUGACCACCAAGCAAUGGAUUCACUCGGUAAACCACAAAGAGAAAACAUUCUUCGUAAUGGCCCAGUACCAGAUCCUACAAGAUUGAAAGAAAUGCUUACUGAACCUACUGGUAAAGAGUUGUAUGUUGAGAUGAGUGUAGAUGAGCCUGAGGCUGAUGAGUCUGAGGAGCCCACAUUGCAACCUACAAAGCCCAUGUUACACCAUAGGAUCGCUUCUCAUGUUCAAAACGGUUGCUCGCUGUCUCAAAGAAGUAGGCAUGAAGACAUGAGGAGGAGCACAAGCUUCAAUUGCAGCAUGAAUGCUUCUGUGGACAACUUUGACAGGGUCCAUUAUUCUCAGCAGCCUUCAGAACCAGAACUGUGGAAAGGUCGAAGCCGAGGCUUGAAAACAUUGGACCGCAAACAGCGAAGCCAGAGUCUAGACUUGAGGAGACAGAAGAAGUGCUCCUUUCUCACACCAAACGCAUGGAUAGAUUCACUUAGCCAAGAGAACUGCUCAGUUGAACUGUCUCAUAAAACUACCAAAAUGGAUCCACAUUUGCCCCCUGCUGUGGAGUAUUUAUCUCCAACUCACAGUCCACAGGUUAUGAGUCCAAAUCCUGACGUGCCUUACUACUACCAGCCUUCCCCAUCAGCCGAUGCUGCCAAUCACUCAACUUCCUAUCAGGACACCAAGAACCAAUUAGGUUAUGUUGUCAGCUUGAAGGAAGUUCCCACGUACUUACCACCAGUUAACAAUGAUUUAGAGGCACUGGAAGUGGCGUCAGGAGGCUAUGAGGGAGUGCCAGAGUCGGGUGGCAGCUACAGCAGUUAUGCCAGCAGCGGCCGUGGCAGUAUGGAGACUACUAACGGACGUCUUUCCUUGUGCCACCUGUCCCCAACUCUCACACAAUCACUUGAGACUCCAAAGGACACUAUGGGGAGGUCAGAGGACACUGGACAAACAGAACUAAGGAAAAGGAGACAGCCAUCAGUAGAUGAGAAUUAUGAAUGGGAUGCUGCUGACAUCUGCUCAGAGCCUACAGAAGAGGAUGGCAUUCCUCCAACGCUGAAUCUACAGAAACCUGCUGCAAAACGGAGCCUUCCCAGCAUGCCGCGCUCCAAGAAAGCACAGAAAUGUUCCUCUGAGCUUUCCUCACUACCGGGGCAUCAAAGCAGAUGCUCUGCUGAGCCAGAACCAGCCGCCGUGCUGUUCUGACAGCUUCGCCGCUCGCCUCAUCUCACCUGGUGUGUCCUUUCACGCCUCGGCUCAGAUCACCGGGUGACAAAAGCUCAUACUGGAGAAAGUGAGCUUUUCUGUGAUAAAGCUCGUCCUUUUUAUUUCAAACGUGGAAAAAAAGAUGCACCAAGAACAGAACUUUUUCUGAGGGCUGAGGGUGGCCUGUUUGGUGUUUUUUGAGUACACAAAAUCCCAUUUUACUAAACUAUGCAAGACUUUAUAGAAACACCUCACUUUUUGCAUUCUCUGUUCAGAUAACCAAAACUUUUCCUUCUACUGAGCCUCUAGCAAGUUGAAUUGCUUAACCUUACUGUGGAUUCAUCCAGUAGGGCUGACACAAGCGCUAAUGUUCUAAGAUAUUCAUAAAAUUCACAAUAUUUAUUAUCUUGUUUUAGCUGUCCACUGAGGAAACUAGGCUUUUUGAUUCUUUGUUUUCUUCAGCUGAUAAUUGUCUGCCCACUUUGGGCACUAGUAGAGCACUAAAACGUCAUUUCCAGAUGGUCUUAUCAUUUCUACAUUUUGGAGAAAAAAAUUUAAAUAAUACGGUGACAUCACAGCAAAGAACCUCAUCCUGACCCAGCAGAAGACUGUCAAAUCCACACAACUGAUCCCAAUAACCAUUAACUCUUCGCAAUGGGAGCACAUCAAAAUCAACAAGCCUACUUCAAAGACAAUUAAAGGAUUUGAGAUUCUAUGAAAUCCACAUUAUUCCUCACCUUCAGACCCCCAUGAAACAUUUUUACAUGACUGUAGGAUUCACGGCAAGAUGGGGAAACAGUGUGCCAGAUGCUUUAGGUAUAAAAAAGAAAUACCUUUAUGGUCCCACUAUGGGAUGAUUCAGGUGUGGCAGUGGCAUGUAGACAGGAUACACCAGAGUUACACACAUGAUGAAGUAAUAUGGAAAGAAGAGCUAAUCUAAAGUUAUAAUGUAAAUCAGAAGAUAGUGGAUGGGUCAGAAGGGGGGGGGGAUUACACAUAAAAUAUUGCAAUAUUCAAAUUAAUUAGAGGAAAGACAGCACCCGGUUUACAGGACGAUGUGAGAAAACUGUGAUAUGCAUGAUUGUACAAGCAAACAGCUCAGAGAAGCUAAAACAUGUGAUUCUCAUGUUACUCUGAGAUACGAAAAGAAGACAAAUGAGUACUGUUAGUUUUGUAGCUAAAAUUUUGUCUUGCCCUUUUACAUCUACAAUUGCGUAUUGUGAUGUGACCUUGAUAAAUCCUUACAACCCUAACUUAUAUGUUAGGGUUGUGAAAGACUCAGAACUCACAAGUUGACUAAUUUUACUCAUGAGGUUGUUGGCCUAUGUUUGAAUGUUUAGAUCAAACUGGUUAAAAAGUAAAAAUAUUCAAAAUGUUAAAUUUGAAACAUAUCCAACCAUCCAUCGUUUCACUGCCUGUAUUUUUAUUUUUAGAGGUUGGAAUUAUUUAUAAAAGGAUAAAUUAAGGCCAAGAAUCAGCUCACUGUACAGGAAUACUCAUGAGUAGUGGAUGCAUCUGCGGACGCAAAAAUCAAUUUGCGUAAGGUUUAAUUCAUGAAGAUUAUUGUAAAAGGUUUUAAAUAUAAAAAAGAAUCAAGCUUUUGGUUGUAAUUAGAAGGUUAAGAAGUGUGAGAGACAUAAUCCUUUACACAGAGGAGUGUACAGCUUAUUUCUAAAUGAGUAAUUAUGCUGUAGAGGGCUAACAGACGUUUUUAUCCAGUUUAUUUCCUUUUUGCUAGUUUUCUUAUGACAUGUAAAUAUUUCAAAGGAAAUAUAGAAUAAAGAUGCAAUUAGAUGCAUUUUUAGCAACAGAUGCUAAAGUUUAUAUUAUACCUUUUAGAAAGAGAUAUCAAAUGACUAUGAUACAAAAUUGAUUGUAUUUUAUAGGCUUUAUUUUUCCAAAUGUGGGUUCUAGGGAUCAUAUCCUACUUUGAGUAAGUUUUGGAUAUGACCAGGAUUUUCCUCCCUGUGGGAUGUGCUUGAAAAAACCUCCUAAAGGAGGCAUCAGGGACACAUCCUGAGCAGACACCUGAACAGAACCCAUUGUGUGGCAAAGAGCAGCAACUCUACCCCCAGCUGCUAUGUAGGAAACAUGUCUCAGCUGUUUAUGUCCUAGAUUUUCUUCUUUUGAUCACUCCGUCUUCACAAUAGACUGGAGGAACCAGCCGCAUCACUGCAGACAAAGUCCCGAAUAAUUUUUUUUUAAUGAAUGGGAGAAAUUUGAUCAACAUUUAAACCAGUAAAGCGAGAGCAUAUUAAGUUGCUAGAAGAAUAUAAAUUCUAUGAAAACUAGAAAGAAAUUGGAUUUUUUUUUUUUUUUUAAAGCUUUAAGUGAUGUUGGCGUUGUAUUCUGUUCUUGUUUUAAUUUCCCGGCUGGAAUGAGUUUGUGAAUCCCUUUGUUGGUGUAAAUCACAUGCUUCUAAAUCUAGAUUGCUUUAUGUAUGUUAAAAAUAAAGUAAUUUUUUUAUAUUUU